CUUCGAUCCUCCCCGAACAAUCCCAUCGUGCACUCUCGAUCCCGCGUGCCUACGCAUCAACCUGAGAGGUAUAUUUCGACAUGCCUGACCCGAAAUCCGCCUACGGCACAGCCGCAGCCUCCGACACAGACUUCCGCAGGACAUGGGAUCGAUCAGAAUACGAGGCAAAGGCCAAAAAGGAACAGGAAGAACGGCGAGAAGACGCGAAGGCCCGGUAUGAAGCCAAACUCGAAGGCAAGAAAUGGCACAAGCCCGUCGACCUCUCCGCGCUCGAUGCGACAUCGGCGCGAGGCUCGCGGUUAGACGUGGCCAGCAUGGUCGGCAAAAGCACUCUCGUACCAGCUGGAGCGGGCGUCGGCAAACGAGGAAAGGGCGCUGGUUUCUACUGCGAAGCCUGCGAUCUCACAUACAAAGACAACGUGCAGUAUAUCGAGCAUCUGAAUUCCAAGCAGCAUCUUGUCAACACCGGUCACUCCUGGGAGGUCAAGAGGGCGACGUUACAGGAUGUGCAUGAGCGGCUGGAGAUGCUGAAGGCGCGCAAGAGGCAGCAAGAAGAAGAGGAUAAGAGGCUUGGAGAAGUUGAUAUUCAGGCUAGGAUCAAGAAGGCUGAAGAGGUUGAGGAAGCCGAACGGGAGGAGAAGAGGCGCAAGAGGAAUGAGAAGCGGAGGAAGGGCGGAGAUGGCAUCAAGAAGGAGGAUCCAUGGGAGGGAAGACUGGGCAUUAUUGCAUGAAGAUAUGGACUUGACGAAGGAAAUCGUAUUGCCGUCAUCAAGCAACAACCCUCAACGACCAGAGACACGGCCACUGCCUCUCAGGUCUUUAGGAAGCCAUGAAUCCUCUUCUCUUCGACCGGAUAACGUCAACAAAGGCUAUGGAAGAGGCAUGCCGAAUCACCUGGGCACUAUCCUGCUUUCGCGAUCACAUCCACCCCUCAGCUCUACGUUGACAGUAGCCCUGAGAUAGACCAUCUAACGGUGGGGACUCCGAACAGCAUGCGGCAGUCCAAUCCUCAUGCUUUCUCUGGCUUUUGGGAUCUUUCCUCACGGUCUCUAUCCGAACGGACGAGCGGUUCGGUCAGCUCUAACUACUGACGCCCGCAUACUCUGACCAGACUGGGAACUUGGAGGGUUGCAGCGCUGAAGAUGUCCGGGUACAACUUCCCGAGCAGCGGGCAUAUACAGCUCCCGCGCCUUUCACUGAGCGAAUAUAGUCAUCUUAGCUGACGCCUUCCCAUGUGGAAGAUUGUUUCACAAAGUGUAUCAGUGUAUACCCAAGAUGAUCUAUGGGUACCAACCUAGUCAUUUCUUGGAGUCUUGAGUUUUCCAAAGAAACCUCGGUCAAAAUUUGGGUUUAUAUUUUAAAGAGCUACAAUUGCUUCCGCAAUCGACCAUAGGAUGCG